AUGCUUGCUUCCAAGAAAGUAGCAUCUAAACGGAUAUCAAGUACCCCAUGGAUUGGUAGUGUUGGGGGAGAGUUUGACGACCUCAAGGUUGAUGUGGAUAGUGGGAGCCGAGUUGGUACAUCAUCCGAAUUGAAAGCUCAUUGCAUUGCUGAGGAUGAUGACUACGAUGUGAAGGUCACUGCUGUUGGACUUGCGGGUAUCAAUCUAACCAGAGACAAAGACGGUCCAAUAGCCCCCCUUCAGGCUUCCCAACUUACCCCGGCCUUCUCUACUGAACCGAGUGUAUCCAUUCGGUCGGGAACUCGCAGAUCCACUUCGAGCAGACGUGGAGCCUCUAAUAGGGGAGGACUAUCCAUGUUUACUAAUCAUACCACCACCACAAUGGUUUCAUCGACCUAUCAUUCCUCAGAUUUGGACAGUUUUUCAGAAGGAGUACCAGACAGUGAAAUGGAUUCAGAGGAUGAAAGUCUGCAACCCAGUACCGAUUCUGGCGAUUCACGAGAUGGUGACGAUGAAAUCAAGAGCAUCUUAUCAUCGGACUUUGAUUCCCUUGAUCUAGAAUUCGACGAGGCGCGACAUGGCAGUGAGUCACUAGAUGAUGAACCUUCCAGUUCAGACGACUCUUCUAGUUCAGACAGUUCCGUUUCAGAACGAGAUGAGCCAACAUCUCCACAGCACGAGAAGCAAAACAAGGCAGAAUUGAGACCUGAUAUGCGAUGGAACGCCUUGGAAAGCUCUCCAAGUCUCAAGUCAAACCCCUUCGCGCCACAUAGUGAAAUGAUUUCCAACUCUUCCCUGUUUGUUCAAGUUGCUGAAGAUGAAGAGAACGACCAUCGCAAGAGUGGUGUUGGAGGCGGGGGCUUUGUUUAUAUUCGUGGCAACGGUGAUGACUAUGUAGACGAAGAAAAUGACUAUGUAGCCGAAGAAAAUGAGCAUGCUGUUCCAUGCAAUGAUGCAAAGGAAAUAAGAAAAAGCAACGUCGCUGAUGUGUUGGAAUACAGGUCAGGUUCCGAGCACACAUCAUUUCUUUUGGAAUUGGACCACAACAUGCAACGAAAUGUUAGCGGAUUGACACUUCAUUCAGGGCUAGGUAGGCAAACUUCCCAUAGAGCCACGAGACGAGGAGGCAAACGAAAUCGGGCUGCGGAUGCGUGGCAGAACGAAGUUUGGAAUCACGAGCCUGAUGUGCAGCGCGAAAUCGAUGGAAUCCCAAACCAGCCCCUUCCACCACCGCCACCACCCUCUUCAACACCACCGCAUCCAUCACAAAACAAGAAAAAUUCGAUACUACGGAGUCAAUCAUACAGUUCCAAAGUAUCCAAAGUUUCGGCACUGUCAACACCUACAAUGGAAGGAAGAAAGUCUGUGACCCCAAGACAUCUCAGGAAACAUUCCUCCACAGGAUCGUUUGAAUCAAGUUGGGACAGUACUAUUAUGUCAUCGCCAAGAACUGCAAAGGGCACCAAGAAACUUAGAGUGGACGGGGCAGAAGGCUCAGGAAGGGAUGCCCUAUCUUCACCUGAAAAUCCUACGUUUCAUCCAGGAAACCGAGCUUCUGGUGUUUCGUUGGACAUUCCUCCACCACCACCUGCUCGGCAUGGGACCCCCCGUAGCCAACCUCCGCCGCCACCGCCUCUGCCACCGGGUACUCCUGACACUCCCGAUAACCGGAGCAGCAACAACGGACGACCUUCGAUGGUGAACAUGAGGGAACUAUCCAAGCUGUCUACGAUCACUUCCGAUUCUGCUCUUACCACCCCAACUGUCAAAGAACGCCAUCGGAAGAAUCUAGAACGUCUGAAUGACCAGAUGAACGCGGCCAUUGGUGUGAGUCCUCGAUUGAGAGCUACCAAGUCUUCUGGAAGUAACUUGUCGAUUGUCGAACGUCGAGAAUCAGUGAGGCUGUUACGAGAAAAGCUACAGCACAGCUUCCGGCAUGUGGUCUUUCCCGGCAGUCCCAAAGACCGGAAGACGAAGGGGAAUGCAUCCUCAAUUCCCUCGGUUCCUGAUACGCGAUUGCGUGAAAGUAGUUUCAGCCCCACAAGUCAGUACAGGCGUACUGCUCGUAAAUAA